ACGACAUCCUCCUGCCUCUCUUUCUCUCUCUCUCUUUCCGUCUCUGACGCAAAACAAGCUCUUGUUCGACACAGCUCAAGAUAUACAAGCGACUCCUGGUCACCGUCUGCUCCAACACAAACAAGGCCUGCCUUCAAGAUGAUUCAGUGUAGCCUCCAUUCCACCGUCGACGUACAUAUCGACUUUCCUGCAUGCGAUAACAACGAGGAGCCAUUCAAACAACAGCCACAGAACAGCAUAGUUUGCUCGGUAUUUGAUGAGCAAAUCCUAUGCGAUGAGCAGAGGGAGCUAGCGCUUGGAUGCUUGAGCGACUGCUUCAACUCUCACCCUCAGCCUUCCUUGGCCGUCUCUUCUUUUCCUAGCAAUCCUUGCUCUCAUGAACAUCGUGUUACAUGCAAUCAUAGAAGCUUGCUGCAGUCGUCAGUGGUGACUCCUGGCGGAUGGACACGGACAACAGUGAGCAGUUAUGACCCAACAGCGCGACGUCUCUACAACAGAAGCAUGUCUACGGACACCAUGAGCUGAAGAGUGAAAGGAAGCUACCGAGAUUCAGUCAACAAAGUAGAGAUCCUGCUGAUUGCAAUCUAAUGAUGUUAAUCUCAUGUAAAGCCUCACAAUCUAGUGAUAGUGAGAACAUGACUGAUAUGAUAGAGCUGUAUAGAACUAAGAAAGUGAAUACGAAUACAUCCUCAUCCCUUUCUG